UUUAAUUGUCGCAUCUGAAGUUGUAUUUAUUAGUAACUGUGAAUUGUUUCACGCUACCUUCCUUCAUCCUAUGUGCUGUAGCUGUAGUAUUAGAAUCUCUGAUGUGUGUAUAGCUAUCCAAAUGUUAAAAUUUGCAUCCUCGGGUAUUUGUGUGCUGGUACAUGUUGGCUUCUUGUAGUUACAGCCUCAGAAUUAGCUUGAAUCCUUGAUUUUAAACAAACAAGCAAACAAAAAACCUGGGUGAAUAGUCCCAUCAACAAGUCCAUUGAUUUUAAGGUUAGCAUGCCUGCCAAAAGCAGAGUUUGUUUUUGUUUUUAGGCAUGAUGUUUGGCUGCAACCUGACACUGUCACUGCUAAGCACUUGAUACUGUUUAGCCUCUGUAAAGACAUACUGAAUGUGAGAGGCGGUCUUGAAUGAAGAUACUACUGCUAUUGACAGAGCCUGGGUUGUGGCUUUCAAAUGUACUUAAGCCCAUGGCUAUUUUAUUACUUACUGCAGUUUGUGCUCUAACAUCAGUAUAAAUGUGCUUCUCUCUUCAGGGCUUGCAACUGGUUAAGUCCUGUCUGCACACUGUGCAUUUCCUUGUACAAAGCUAAUGCUGGAGUAAUCUGCUCUUUUCUUUCCAGUGCGACUUCAGCUACAGUUGAUCUUUGUAGACCAUUUUUUCUCAUUUCUUUAAAGUUACUUUUAUCUAGUGGAGUUGUCCUUUAAGUAAAGAAGGGUGGUAACUUGCAGAUUUUGUUGUCAACUCUCGCUUAUAUGUUCGGUGCUAAUAAUGUAAAACAAGGACUAGUUCCAAUUAUUCUACAUCGUAACUGCUCUCUUGAAUAAUAUGAAUCUUAUUUAAUUAACUCUAGUGCUUUUUUUAGUAAAUUUGUCUUAAUUCAUAGCUUUCCUUAAUUCACUGCUCACUAACUCUUAAAAUUAGGCUUUCUACUCGGUUUCAAGACCCAAGAUGUGCAUGAACUUGCUAGUUGUAGACAGCUCUAGUAGAAAUGCCAGAACUACCUGCCUUCUAUUGUAAAGAAGCAACAUAAAUUUGUUUUUCUCCAAUAUUUAAAUAUUUUUAGGAUAUUUGGAGAACUUCAGGUUUGCUUAAAAUCUUAAUUAAAAAAAAAAAGUAUGGUGGGGCAGAAACAAUAUCCUAAAAGAUCACUCAGUGUGCGGCAGCAGAAUUGUAGAGGGAAAAUAUUGUUCCUCUCCUGUGCUGAAGGGACAGAGUGCACGUCUGUCUUCAGCCUGCUAAAAUAACUGUGGCUUUCUAAUAGUCUGUGGAAGAAUUCUAUAUCCAUCUAAACACACUUGUUAGAAAGUCUCUUCUGUACAGGCAUGUAUUACCGACAAGUAAAGGACUGAAAUACCUUCUGUUAUUCAGAUCGUAUGUUUUUUACAGCAGAAAAUGAAAUGAAGAUAGGGUGGUAAGUCUUGAACUUCUUGUGAUGCAGUCUUUAGAUCUUAGACUUAUGCAAUAAGUAAGCUUCGUCAUCAUUUAAAGGACAAACCCCACAAAAUCAAUGAAUGUUUUUGGGGGAAAAAAAAAGGGAUAACAGUGGAACUGAAGAAGCCUGACUUCUGCAGGAUCUGUAUUCCGCCUCCCCCUUCUUUCAUUGUGCUAUUUAAAAAUCACCCCCGCAUGCACGUCUUUCCCUGUACGUGCACAUGAGCCAUGUUCUGGAUGAAGUGAAUGCAGGCACUGCCUUUAGUGGGACCACACAUGUGUUUCUUGAUUAGCCAGGCAGCAGUCCAACAGCUGGUAACUUCACAGUAAGAACUUUGCUGCAGUGGGGGCGUUCAUUUGUAUCUUUUCUCCUGUAUUCAUUUUUCUUAAAAUAUACAGGAAUUUCACACUUUCUCCCAGAUGUAUUUGAAGUUCAUGAAUAUUCCUGGGUAUCUGGGGGAGGGAAGAGGUUGGGAGAGAUUAUUGGGAUAAUCUUGUUUCUUUGAGAGACCAAAUGAAAAAGGAAAUUAGCUAGGAGGAUGAUUUUUAUGUGGGGUUUGCUCUUACAAGUCUUCUUGGACCAUGCAGACAAACAUCUACAAGCUUAAGGGGAAGUCUGAUGGCCUGGUUUGCGUGCAGGUAGUUGGUUGUGCUGAGUUACAGGGUGGCACAUUUCGGAGAAAAAGCCUUGUUGGAGGAACCAAUGGUAAGAAUCUAUCUUCCAGUCUGACAGAUCAACCUAUUGCCGAUGUCUUCUUAAUCUGCUUUUCCCUUGUGAGUCCCGCUUCUUUUGAAAAUGUCCGUGCUAAGUGGUAUCCUGAGGUGCGGCACCAUUGCCCCAACACCCCCAUCAUUUUAGUGGGUACCAAACUUGAUCUCCGAGAUGAUAAAGACACUAUUGAAAAGCUGAAGGAGAAGAAGCUGACGCCCAUCACCUACCCACAGGGCCUUGCCAUGGCAAAAGAGAUUGGUGCAGUGAAAUACCUAGAAUGCUCAGCACUUACACAGCGAGGCCUCAAGACAGUGUUUGAUGAAGCUAUCCGAGCAGUUCUUUGCCCCCCUCCUGUAAAGAAGAGGAAGAGAAAAUGUCUGCUGCUGUAAAGGUUACCUUCCCUGCCCCACUCUCCAACCCUGUGCUUUGCUCAGAAUGAUGGAGCAGUCACAUUCAAUGCCAAGUCUUUCUGUUAUAAAUUAGUUCUCUUCCAUAAAUUUUGAACCAAUCAACAAUUUCACGGUUUCAUUUGUUUGACGUACGAAAGUUACUUUUCAUUCUACUAAAAGCAGAAUCCUGAAAAGACAAACUUAUAUAAAGCCUUAUUUUUAAAAUCCUAUUCUUGCUCAAUUAAUUAAGUGUUGCCAAACUAUCUGCUGAACUAAGUUGCAUUGUUGUGCUACGAACACUAAGCACUAAACUGUUUUUUAAAGAUUCUUCUUGAAGAUGACUCUAAUUUCUGUUAGGAAAUGCAGAAACACUUUCUAGUUUUUCACAGUAACAGUACCGUAUAAUUAGCAAAACACUGCAGCCCGAUGUGUUUUAUUAUUAAAUGUUUUCUCAACCAGGGUCAUUGCAUAGCAUUGUAUAUCAAACCUAAGUCAUUGAUGACUGACACCCUUGAGUCACAGUGUAAAAUGCUUUAUCAUUGGUAAGGGCUUGGUUGCAAUCUAGUUCUUGCUGCUGUGAUUUAAAAAAAUAAAUAAAUAACUAUUCUUACUGAAGUGUAUCUAGUCCUUUUGACAGCAUUGUGUUGUGAUGGAUAAAUGAAAUAUUGGAUUGGAUCACCUGAUAGUGCCAGACAGUAUUUUGACACUGUACAGAUCAACUUACACUACACUGCCAGAGUAGUUGAAACUGAAGUGACUUUAUUUAAGGUUAAAAUUGGUGACCGCUUUCCCAGUCAUGCAGUAGUGGAAGAGAGGUUGGUGUUCAUAGGUAAAUUCCUUUGAAUUUCAAGUAGGGCAUUCAUUUAGGUACAACUUUGAUCAGUCAUUCCCACAAUAGUUGUGUAGUAAAUGCUUUUCUUGUAGAAUUUCUUCUUACUGAGCAAUAUAACUUGUAUUUUAAAACCUUUCUGAUGGUAGAAAUCUGCUUUUCUUUUUUUUUUUUUUUUUUUAAUAGAGUAGAAUAUUCAAGCAUAGCCUCCUUAUUUUCCUGGUAUUUCUGACCCAGUAAGUUAUAUGCUUUCUGAGGAGCUUUUAGUCUAUUAACUAGGUGUAAAAAUCCUGUGAAGCAGCUUUACACGUUUUAGUAAUUUUUAUAUUUUAGACCUCUAUAAACUAUGAACCUUCUCAAAUAUCACUAUUUGCCAGCUAUCCCCAACACUGUAACAUUACUAAUGCAGACAAGUGUUUUUUGUCACCUACAUGUCCAUGUGCAGCAUAGAUUGAGUAAUGGUAACUUGGGUCUGUGAGGUUCUGUAAAUUAGUGCUAAUGUUCUGUACAGCCUGAACUGGCAGGAAUACGAUGUUCAACUACACCCUUUCAACCACUAAAGCAAAACUUAAAAGUUGCAAAAUUGUGAAGUUUUUACAUUGAUCUUUUGCUAAUGCAAUUAGCAGUAUGUUUUGCAUGUAUGACUUAAUAAAUCCUUGAAUCACA